AUAUGUCUUUCCUGAGGUGGGAGGGAAAAAGAAGUGGGGUUGGAAGGAAGUUUCUCAUUGACAAAAAGUUUCCCUCGAAUUGCCAAGUUUUGAUUGAAGUCGGAGAGAAAUCAGUGUUUCUUGGGAUUGUUUGUACGUUCUACGGUAGAAAGUGCUGCUAAGAAAUCAGUGUCUUUUUAUUUUUAUUUUUUCUCUUCUUUCCUAACUUGCAAUGGCAGAGGCAGUUCUUUCUUCACUCCUUCAAGUGAUAUUUGAGAAACUGUCUUCUCAAAUCUUUGAUGAAUAUGGUUUCUUGCAAGGAACAAAGAAGGAGAUGAGAAAGCUUCACAGUGUACUGUCAUCAAUUCAUUCUGUCCUUGAAGAUGCCGAAGAUCGAAAUAUACUGGAGAAAGCAGUGAAAGAUUGGCUGAUAAAGCUCAAAGAUGUGGCAUAUGAUGCAGAUGACUUGUUGGACGAGUACAUGACAGAAGCUCUACAACACAAAAUGGAGUUCCAUGAUCCGCAGGGCUGCAUCAUAAAAAUAAUGAAAGGUUUAAACUUCAUUUGAGAGAGAAUUUAUUUAAUGUUCAUGGUAAUGAAUCAACUGGAAGGUUACAAACUGAUUCUUACUUGCAUGCAUCUGAAAUAUUCGGGAGAGAUGAAGAGAAAGAGAAGAUCACAACAUUUCUUAUGGAUCUCUCUGAUGAUCCUGGAGAUGUUUCAGUCUUUCCUAUAGUCGGCAUGGGUGGGUUGGGAAAGACAACCCUGGCCAAAUUGGUCUACAAUGACAAAAGUGUGGAGGAGCAUUUCGAGAGAAGAAUUUGGGUUUGUGUGUCUGAAGAGUUUGAUGUUAAGAAGAUCAUGAAAGCAGUUGUUGAAUCUGCAACUGGUAACAGAUGUGAUCUUCUUGAAAUGGAAACUAUUCAUCGGCGCGUUCAAGAAUUGAUGACAAGGAAAAGGUUUCUACUGGUGUUAGACGAUGUAUGGAAUGAGGACCAUGAGAAAUGGGACAGAUUGAAGAACUCAAUGAGGCAUGGUUCUGUAGGAAGCAAAGUUUUAGUCACAACUCGUAGUGAAAAGGUUGCACUAAUAAUGGGAACUGUCAGCCCUUAUCAUUUAAAGGGUCUUUCGGAUGAGAAUUGCUGGUUGUUGUUUCAGAAACGGGCAUUCAAGAAUGGAAAACCAGAAGAGACUUCAAAUCUAAUAGCAAUUGGAAAAGAAAUUGCAAGGAAGUGCAAGGGUGUACCUUUAGCAGCAAAGGCUCUUGGAAGCUCAUUGGCUUUGAAAAGAAAGGAUGACUGGUUAAAUGUUCGAAACAGUGAAAUGUGGAAAUUUAUGGGGGAAGAAGUUGGGAUUUUGCCUGUGCUAAGAUUAAGCUACAGGAAUCUACCCUCACAUCUGAAACAAUGUUUUGCAUACUGUUCCCUUUUCCCAAAGGACUACAAGAUAAAGAAGGAGAAUCUCAUUCAUUUAUGGAUGGCAGAAGGAUUUAUUCAACCAACUCGAGGGAAACAACUUGAAGCAGUCGCAAAUGAAUGUUUCGAUGAAUUGCUGUGCAGAUCCUUCUUCCAAAAUGCAGCCAAAGACAGCAAUGGUGACAUAGUUGAAUGUGAAAUGCACCAUCUUCUUCAUGAUCUAGCAAAGUCUGUAGCAGGUAAUGCUUGCUUGAUGCUGGACGUUUGUCAGCAACCAAUUAUUCCAUCAGAUACGCGCCAUUUAUCAGUACUUUGUAAUGAGACUAAAAAAAUGAAGUUUAUAAGGGAUAAUUUGAAGCUGCGCUCUCUCCUCCUAUUGUUUGGACAGCAAAAGAUUGCAAAAGUGCCACACAAUUUGAUCAUGAGAAUGAAAUGCUUGCGUGCUUUAGACAUAAGCAGUACCCGGAUUAAGAAGCUGUCCAAGUCAGUUGGUGCCUUGAAACAUUUAAGGUACCUUAAUUUAUCUCAUAGUCAUAUUAAGAAGUUACCUGACACCAUCUGCAGUCUAUAUAAUCUAGAAACUCUGCUGCUCCUGCAAUGCAUUCGGUUGGAAAAACUACCUGAUGACUUGAGAAAGUUGAUUAACCUGAGGCAUUUGAACAUCUAUGGAUGUGGCUUAUUGUCCAAAUUGCCGAAUGGAAUUGGAGAGCUCACCUCCCUUAAAACAUUGCCAACGUUCAUAGUUGGUAGAGAAAUUGGAUGUGGCAUUUCAGAAUUGAAGAGCUUAGACCUCCACGGAGAGCUAAAGAUUACAAAUCUGGAAAACGUCAGGAAUGGUGUAGGAUCUGUGAAGGAUGCGAACUUGAAGGAUAAAAGGCACAUCCAUUCAUUGAAGUUCAUCUGGGAGGAUGUUGCUGAUGUGAGUUUAAGAGAAAAUGUAGAUGGUGUUAUUGAAGCCCUGCAACCAAGCAGUGAGUUGAAGAAGUUAACCAUUGAGAACUACAUGGGUUCGAAAUUCCCCAGUUGGUUAAUGAAUCAUUAUCUCACAAAUCUUGUGGAACUCUCUUUGAUCAAAUGUUGCAGGUGUGUGCAGCUUCCUUCACUAGGGAAGCUACCUCUUCUUGAGUUUCUCACCAUUGAUGAAAUGGAUGCCACAAUGUACUUCUGCAGUGAUUCCAAAGAAAAUACCGGAGUUGCUGACGAUGUAUCACUAAAAAGACUGUCACUGAAAAGCAUGCCUAAUCUAUUGGGAUGGUCAUCAGCAGAGGGAAGAGUUAUACUUUCCUGCCUGAAAGAAUUGAAAGUUGAAGAUGCACCUGAGUUUAUCAACUUGCCAAAUCUUCCAUCCAUGGAGUGUUUAGAGCUCAUAUAUUGCAGAGAAGAUAUACUGAUGAAUGUGACAGAGAUGACAUCCCCUUCAAACAUCACACUUGGUGGAUUUGAGGAACUUGUUGAUUUGCCACAAGGUUUACUGAGUAACAAAACAGGUCUCCUAUCAUUUGAAAUUAAAGACUGUCCAAAGCUUGUUAAUUUUUCAGGCGAGCUCAAUAGUCUUUCUCUACUUCAAUCAUUAUCUAUCAGCAACUGCCCCAAUAUCAAAUGUUUAUCAGAGUUAGGUGUCCUCAAAGCUCUCAAGUCCUUGGCUAUAGACAGGUGCCACGGUCUACUUUCAUUGCCGGAAGAAGAAAUACAAGGCUUAACAUCUCUUCAGCAUUUUUCACUCUCAAACUGUGAAAAUAUAACAGCCUUGCCAUAUACCAUGCAGCAAUUUACAAACCUCCAAACACUGCAUAUCUGGAGUUGUCCAAAAGUAGAUAGUCUGCCUGAGUGGUUGGGAAACCUUGUUUCACUUAGAGAGCUGGAGCUUUGGUAUUGUGAAAAUUUACUUUAUCUACCAGAGUCAAUGCAGGGCCUGACUGCCCUUCAAUUUUUGUCAAUAUGGGGCUGUCCUCAGUUGGAGAUACACUUGGAGAAGGACAAAGGUCCAGAUUGGUACAAGAUCCAACACAUUCCUUUUAUCAAGGUCAAUGGCCCAUACAUUCAAGCCAUUGUUUAAAACAACAUAAUGGUGAACUUAAAGGUGGGGCAAAAGCAUCCCGUGCUGGAAGGCCAUGGAUUUGUGCCUGCUUUAUUCAAGGCUUUCAGGACAGAAGUGAAGGUAUUUUCUUGA